UUCACACUUCCUUGCUUUCAAAUCCAACCAGGCAACGUCGCUUCGUCUGUCGACCACCAUUCGUAUUUUUACCAAAGCUUACCGGCCCCUUCCUGCAAGUAUGCUGGCUACAAAAACUACGCCCCUGCGACAGUACUCAAUGUUCGCAUUCCCCUUGCUCCUGCUGCUGUUCUCAGCCUUUCACGCUUCAGAGGUGGCUGACAUUUUCGAAGGAUGCUUCGAGGAACCGCCCCAAGAAGAAAAGCCUGGUGACUGCGUACUCGCGCCAGAAAGCUUGCUGGUUACGACAUCGUACCGGGAGUACGCCCACCUAGCCCUAGAAAGCGCCACUAUUCAACCGGACCAUGGGAACCAGAACACUCUUCUAAAUUUGACCCGGGCAGCAGCUCGGCUAUCCAAUGGCAUCGUAAUCAGAGUUGAGUUCACCACCGUUGAAAGUGCCUGCAACAGCACCGUUGCCUAUACCCAGGAGCAGUGUACGCCAAUUGGAAGUGAGGCUAAUGGACUGUGCCAGGCAAGGUUCCUGUUCAAUGGUACCCUGAUGCUUAAUCAUGCCAUGUGUACUCCACGCAUGUCUCUUAAAACUUCUCAUCAUUGCUGCGCUACACAGGAUUGACAGCUUGAUUGAUUGCUACACAGCAUGACAGGCGCUCCCUCGCCGCAUCAGCAUGCAAUUGGGCAUUGAAUAAAGGUUGUAAGCGCU